AUGGGUUCUCGAUUGCACAAUGCCCCCAUCGUCAUCGACAACGGUAGCGGAACGAUCAGAGCUGGAUUUGCAGGCGAAGAUGUACCGAAAUGCUUCUUUCCUUCAUACGUCGGGCGGCCGAAGCAUGUGCGGACAAUGGCCGGUGCGUUAGAAGGCGAUUUGUUCAUCGGGCCACAAGCGCAGCAGUAUAGGGGGCUGUUCAAGAUCAAUUACCCAUUAGAGCACGGUAUUGUCACAGACUGGGAUGAUAUGGAGAGGAUAUGGCAGUACGUCUACACAGAAGGAUUGAAGACUGUCAGCGAAGAUCACCCCGUACUCCUCACUGAGCCUCCACUAAACCCUCGAGAAAACCGUGAUACGGCAGCGCAAAUCCUCUUCGAAACUUUCAACGUCCCUGCUUUAUAUAGUUCGGUACAAGCCGUCCUCUCACUUUACGCCUCGGGAAAGACAACAGGUCUCGUUCUAGACUCGGGAGAUGGCGUAUCGCACGCAGUACCAGUCUUCCAGGGGUUCGCAAUACCCAAUAGCAUUAGAAGGAUAGAUGUGGCGGGGAGAGAUGUGACCGAGCAUCUGCAGCAAUUGCUGAGGAAAAGCGGGCGAGUCUUCCACACAAGCGCAGAGAAGGAGACAGUCAAGAACAUCAAAGAGACCACGGGCUACGUUGCGCUCGACCCAGCAAAAGAAGAGAAGGACUGGUCAGGCUCCUCCAGGUCAGAAGGCAAAAGCGUCGACUACACACUGCCUGACGGGCAAAAGCUGAAGAUUGGAGCUGAGCGCUUUCGGGCACCGGAGAUUCUAUUCAACCCCGAAAUCAUCGGCCUUGAGUACCCUGGCGUGCACCAAAUCGUGGUUGAAGCGAUACAUCGGACAGACAUGGACCUCCGCAAGGCGCUAUACGGCAACAUUGUCCUCUCUGGCGGUUCCACGUUGACAAAGGGAUUCGGUAAUAGGUUGCUUCAUGAAGUGCAACGGCUGGCGGUGAAGGACAUGCGAAUCAAGAUCUUAGCACCGCCAGAGCGAAUCUACACCACGUGGACGGGCGGUAGCAUUCUGGCCGGCUUGAGCACCUUCAAGAAGAUGUGGGUAGAGAAGGACGAAUGGCAGGAGAACCCAGACAUCAUCCACACCAAGUUCGCCUAA